CCCUGAAUCAGUUCUUGCAAAUUACCUAAUUCAUCAUGCGAUUGGGCCUUUGUGACCUGACCUCACGACAGCAGAUGAAUGAAUGCAAUAUCAUCAACCAGCCAGAUCGAGUCAACCAGAGAUGUUCUCACACGCACUGCACUGCCACACAUGCAUGAUGGGAUGGAUGCCAUUUCAGGCCAGGCAGUGAGUGACGGUAUUCACAUCAUCUACACAGGAGCCUCCCUCCCUCCCUCCUGCCACAGCAAAGGGGGCUACUUGUAAUACGUGCCGCUCGGCACCGGUGGUGGGCGUCAUGCAUGAGGGGAGGGCACCCAUGGCCGGUCGGGCGGCCGGCCACUCAAUUCAAUCGCUAUCGAGACAGAGCAAAGAAACAAACGACACAGCUGUGAGCAGCAAGCGGGGUUGGUUGUCUAGUAGGCAUCAUGAUGUCCUUUCGCGUACCUGUCGGUUUAUCUGAUUAGACGGGCGGAUUGAGAUUGCUGCUGCUGUGCUCCUCAUCCAUAUCACCGGCGGCCCUGUCAGACACACAGACAGACAAGCAAACAGACAGACAGACAGACAGACAGACACGUGUGUACUCGCAGAGUGCCCCCAUCCAUCCCUCCCCCCUCAACUCACUGGUCGUCCUCCAUGUGUUGAUGCUCGUCAUCGUCUUCGAUCAUAUCGCCAUCAUGCUCCUCCUCCCCCCAGUCGCCGUCCAUGCCAUCCUCGGCCACGGAACCCUUCACACAUACGCAGACCACACACAUUGAUAAGUGGGCAUGGAUGACAUGGCAUGUGUGUGCGCGUGUGCCUCCUUCCACCUCGUCUAGAUCGUCGCCGUCCCCGGCGUCCUCCAGGCCGUCCGCAUCCAUACCGUCCUGCACACACACAACAGUGAAUCAUCACAUGCAUGUGACUGUCUGCCCCUCCCUCCUGACCUCAUCAUCGAUGUCACUCUCCUCGUCUAGGUCGUCGCCAUCCGAGCUAUCAUCAUCUGAUGACUCGUAGUCGCCCCACACGGCACCGGGCGGCCCCCUCUGGUCCAUCCCCUCCCACCCAUCUAUCGUCUGCACCACACACUGACCUCCCCCCGCCCCGCCCACCACCACACGCCCAUCGAACGAGCACUCGAAUGGCUUGCCCUUGCCGAAUCCCCUGUCGAUGUCAGGCAGCCUGUAGUGGAGCGCCUCCUCACACCAAAUCAGGUGGAUCACGUCACGGAGGCCAUACACGAUGCCCUCGUCUACCUGCCCGCCCUCUCUCCCCCCCUGGCUGUCUGAUGUGUCGGCGUGUGUGGUGUGUGGCGUGACGAAGGCAGUGUGGCGAAACAAACGGCGCCGCACAGAGGGGCUGGCCACAUUGCAGACACGCGAGACGAAGAACGACAGUGCCGCAUUGAGCCGCCGCCCGAGUGGCGUGCGGGCUGAGAAGGGCAGAGGGGGCGGCUCUAUGUAAGAGGCAAUGUGACUGCACAGCACACCCACACGAAACACGCGAUGAGAAGCCGACAAGGCAGACAGAGUGCGCAGAGGAGUGAGGGAUGCGUUGAUGAAGCGCAUGGCGUGUGUGGGAACAGAGCGUUUGAGAUAGUCUUGAUACACCGACAAAACACGGCGCUUCUCUCUGGCUGUCGUGGCAAUGGGGGCAGGUGCUCUGUCUACGGAUGCCCCCAGGUGGAUCAGAUGGUCGGCAGCAGUGUGGUAGCCUCCCUCCACCAACGCGACAAGGGGUGGCCGUCACCCCUACCAUCAUCUAUAUCAGCUCCUGCCUCAUGCACCAGGAAUGAAAUGACAUCCACAUCCCAGUGAGCAAGGAUGAGUGUGCUACGCACAGCCUUCACCCCCUGCUGCCUCACUAGCCAAUACACCACAGCCCUGUUCCGCGCCCGUGUGGCUUCAUUCAACGCACAAGUACCCCCGUCCCCCUCCACCACCUCCCGCCCCAUCCCCUCGACCAGCUUCUCGAGGAUUGCGAUGUGGGGGUCCGCGUGGCCGUCAUGCGCCGCAUCCCCCUCCUGCUGCUGUCGCUGCUGCUGCUGCUCAUCCGAUUGCUUGUCCUCGUCCUCUGCAAAGCGGCACGCACAUGCCUGCUCGAGAGUCCAGUAUCCGUAGAGGCUUAGAAGCGUGGGUGCCGCUGCUGCGGCAGCGGUCAGCCGAGUGACGAUCUUCAGGCACUCCUUCGCCGUAAUGCGCUGGGGGCCGCGGGUGGCGCCACUGGUGAAUACCGACGACAGCGCACCAUCAAAGUAGCACCUGGCGCCGUGCCUCAGGAGGGUCUCGAUCAUGGGCAGCAGGGCCGACAGCUGAGUGGGGUCUGCAUGGCGCAGGCGGGCUAGCACGGCGUCAAGUGGUAUCCGGGCUGGACUGGUGCAGUUGACAUUCGCUCCCGCGUCGAUGAGGGACUCCAGGAUCGCGACACCGUCCUCUCCGACGCAUUCCUCAGCGGCCAGAUACACCAGGGAAUGCCACUGCUGAGAGCUCGUGUUGUAGUACCGCCCGUUGGGGUCGGCCCUCUGCUGCGCCAGCAGCUGGGCCGCUGCUUCAGGUGAGAGUGACCCGUCACGGAUGCCGUAGGCCAACUCUUUGGUGGCCGAGAGGGAAAAGGCUGGCGCUCCACCGCGUGAGAGGCUGAUGGGGAACGGCUCGCCGGGCUGCGGCUGUGGCUCAGAGUCAGACCCAGACAUCGCCAGCUAUCACCAGUCGGUGCGGUCGCGACGGCCGGAAGCCAUUAAGUGGAAGCAAGGCUGCUGCAAACACCACACACACAGACACACACACACAGGGAAGAAGCGGGGUGACGCAAUGGGAAUCAUCAUAUCGCGGUCCUGGACUGCCUCCUCCUCACUUUAUUGUAUGCGUACCACAGGCCCUCCAGCAACAGAGUGCCAGCAAAUUGCAGAGCAGGCAGUGCCACGCGUCGCCACCUGAAACACCACCAAAAGCGCCAAGGAGAUGCCAGGUCCAAGGCUGGCGGCGAGCAGCAACGAGGCGCCAGCGGAUGAGAUGAGGAAAUGCACCCCCCAAACGACCGUCCUCAGUCAACAACCGUCAAGGCCAGCGAAGCCAAAACCGUCCUAAGGCUUGGAAUCAUCCGACAGGGCUGCAACGAUACGAGGGCGUCAUGUUGUGCUGCCUGCAGCAUCCCUC